AUCCACCCAUCCAUCCAUUCAUCUAUCCAUCUAACCAUCUAUUUCACAAUCAAAAAUCCACCCCAUCACCAUGUUAAACUUCCCCAAAGAAACCAAACACGAGCCAAAAUGCUACGUGACACAUGGUACCAUUGGACAUGUAGAUACCAAACAAACACCUACAAGAAGGAAACCCUUUGUGAAUAUCCUGGGAUAUAAAUAUAUCAACAAGGUUGAGAUGAUAUUACCGCAGGAAAUGUAUGAGGUGAUGAGACGGGAGAUGGAGGAGGUAUUUGCGGAGGAUGGGGGUCCCCUUUAUAGUCGGGUGGUGAUGCCGUUGAGUGCGUUGAUUGAGGGAGAGUUUUUUACAGAGUAUAUUAAGAAAGGUGAGGAGGGCGAGGGUGUUGGAAUGAUGUGGGAUAGUUUCUUAUGGGUUUUUAGGAAAUGUUUUGAUGCUUUCGAAAGGGAGGAUAGGGGUUGAUAAUGUGUUUUCGUUGUGUGAGGGUAGGGUCUCAAGUCAUAGAGGUUUUAGCACAUAGCUCUACUGACAGCCUUGUAGGGAUUUUGACCUUGCAUUUAGACAAGGAAAUUUAUGAACGCUCGGGUUUAGUAGGUAGACCUGAAGGGGUAAAGGGAAAACGAGAACAUCGACCUCGGUGGAGUAUGUACUGUCUUGGCUGAUGAGAUUAAUUUACUGAUCAAUUUACAGUUGUUGAGAUAAAUCUACGAUUGCCAUCAAUGUUACAUGGCAAGAAAGGCUUUCAAAGGAUUGAAUAUGCAUUCAAGAAUGUAUUGACUACUCCUGUGAUGUGGCUUUUCUGCAAUUUGGGAACUACAGGCGAGGAUCUAUAUACACCUCUAGCUGCAAGGCUGACUCCUUCGCCAGUAUUACCAUCUGACCCAUUAUCUCCACAUCAUUCACAUAAGAUAACGUGCGCUCCAAGAGUAUUGAGCGGUAUUCAAGUCAAAAGACCUGAUUUAAAGCUUGCAACAGAGAACAAUAGCAGCUAUGAUGAAGACUUUCGGGAAUAUUCCGUCGGAAUCCAUGAGUGGCUUUCAUUAAUCUCAUUAGAAAGCCCCCGAGUAAAUUCAACCGACAGUAUCGACACUUUCCUGUCCCGUUAUGAUCCACCAAUAGGUUCAGAUGAAACGGAGGAGUUGGUGAAAGUCACAUGGACCGGAUUCAUUUCCCCUGCGUGGGCACAUAGUACCUUUAUCCAAGCUCUACUCACAGCACCAAAAGAUUCAUGGCUUUCGUAUUAUGUUGGCGGAUUUAGUGAAAGCUGGAAUGGCGGGAGCAAGAACAGUACGAUACUGAAGUUGCCUGCUAUCCCGAACGAUUAUAUUUUGUGGGAAGUGGAAUAGAUGGAUAAUCAUUCUGUCCUUUGACGAACUUCUCGCCCUUCUCCU